AUGGUCAGGGACGAGCAAAGGCACAAGAUUUUCUUUCUUUCUUUGAUUACCAAGCAGCACAAAGCUCGGCUGGAGCGCCGGAUAGUUGGCUCAACCAACCGGUGGCGUUUUCCCAAAGAGCCUUUCUCUGGGGACCUGCUGGCACUUUCCCAGAUGUGCAAAGCUCUGAGCAUAGACUUCGACAAAGCUCUGGAGAACCCAGACAGGUUAUGCAUUCCACAACUUCAGAAAUUUUUCUCUGAGAAUUUGAAGAAUGGGGCCAUCCAAAGUGGGGAGGCAGAUGUGAUUCUCGAAUGCCUGGGCCACAGGUGGGAACUCCAUCAGCCCCAGCUUUUUCAGUCCAAGACCUUGACCAAGCUGUACUUGGCGGCCCUGACACGGGGUACCACAAGCCCCCCGAGGGAACUGGAGAAGCCUCUGCGAGCUCAGUUGCCAGAGAAGAUCAAAGAAAGGUCCCCUGUGAAGAAGAUGAUCAUUUCCUUGAAGAUCAAUGACCCGGUGGUCACUAAAGUUGCCUUUGCCACGGCCCUGAAGAGCCUCUACAUAAGCGAGGCGGAGGUGAACAUGGACGACGUGCUGGGGGUGCUGGCCUCCGCCUACGUUCUCCAGUUCAGCAGCCUGUUCCAAAGGUGUGUGGCCAUGAUGAUAAAUGGACUCACGCCCAGCACCAUCGAGAACUUCUACCUGGCUGGCUGCAAGUACAAGGAAGAGCAGCUCACCACGGCCUGUGUGAAGUGGUUGGAAAUGAACUUGGUCCCUCUGGUGGGGACGCAGAUCCACCUUCGGAAAAUCCCUCAGGAGCUCCUCCACAAAGUGCUGAUGUCCCCCAGGUUGUUUACCUUUAGUGAAUUUCAUCUUCUGAAGACAAUAAUUUUGUGGGUCUACUUGCAAUUAAACCACAGCAUUCAGGCAAUUCCGAUCCAUGAAACCGUGCUGGCAUUUUUUAACAGAGUUCCCAAGAAGUGCUGCUUUCUGGACCGGGACAUAGGACACAGCUUGAUGCCCCUGUUCCUCUGCUUGCGUCUGCACGGCAUCACCAGGG